AUGUCGCUCCUAUCCACAAUCCGCUCCAAAGCCGCUUCUCUCUCUCUCUUCGAUCCCGCAAAGUCCGAGCCAAAACCCUCCCGCGAUGAGAUCUUCCAGUCCUCCUUCAGACUCCCCCCCGACGCCGUCCUCGAGGCCGCCAUCUCAAUCGAGCUCUCUCUCGACCGCUCCUCCUCCAUCUUCUUUCCCGGAAAACUCAUGCUCUCCCAGUCCUUCCUCGUCUUCGACUCCAUCGAGCCCCGCGCCUGCUCCUUCGCCAUCCCCCUCGUCGCCAUGAAGCGCGUCGAGCGUCUCGCCUCCAAGACCUACCUCUUCGCCCUCUUCAUCGAGACCAUGCACGGCCACAAGCUCAAUCUCCAGUUCGUCGGUCUGCGCUCUCAGAUCGAGGACUUCUGCGCCCGCCUCAAAGCAAACCUCCGCGCAAACAUGUCCCGCAUGCGUCUCCUACGCGACUUCCUCCCCACCCUCUACUCAGAGUACAUGCUCUCCGAUCCUGCCCUCUCCCCUUCCAAGCAGAUCCGCACCUCCUCAUCCUCCUCUUCACGCGAUCCCCCUCCCGGAGGCCUUGGCCAGCUCUUCAAAUACCCCGGCGACGCCCGCAAACUACGCGACAAGUCAAAGCUCCGGCUCUGGGCCGAAUACAUGCGCGACCACGGCCGCAACCUCACCCUCGUCCGCCUGCCGACCUUCCAGAAACUGAUCCGCGUCGGUCUCCCCAACGUUCUCCGCGGCGAGAUCUGGGAACUCACUUCAGGCUCAAUGUUUCUCCGUCUCGCAAACCCAAAUCUCUACACCAGUCUGCAGAAGGAGUUUGAAGGCCGCACGUCCCUCGCCAUCGAGGAAAUCGAAAAGGAUCUUAAUCGCUCUCUGCCAGAGUAUCCUGCUUAUCAAUCCGAUGAGGGUAUCGAGCGUCUCAGACGCGUCCUCACUGUUUACAGUUGGCGAAACGAGUCGGUCGGAUACUGCCAAGCCAUGAACAUCGUCGUCGCCGCUCUCCUCAUCUACAUGAGCGAAGAACAAGCCUUCUGGUGUCUGUCCAUGCUCUGCGACCACCUCGUCCCCGGCUACUACUCGCAGACAAUGUACGGCACCCUUCUCGACCAGCGCGUGUUUGAAGCCCUUGUCGAGAAAACGAUGCCAAUCCUCUGGGACCACCUCGUCAAAUCAGACAUCCAGCUCUCAGUCGUCUCCCUGCCCUGGUUCCUAUCCCUCUACGUGAACUCGAUGCCGCUGACCUUUGCCUUCCGCAUCCUCGACGUCUUCUUCCUCGAAGGUCCCAAGGUCCUCUUCCAGAUCGGACUCGCCAUCCUCCGCAUCAACGGCGAAGAACUCCUCGACGUCAGCGACGACGGCUCCUUCAUCUCCAUCCUCAAAGACUACUUCACCCGUCUCGGCGACUCCGCGCACCCUUCCUCCCAGAACGAGAAACUGCGCGAGGUCACAAAGUUCCAAGAACUGAUGGUCGUCGCCUUCCGCGAGUUCUCCGUAAUCACCGACGACAUCAUCUCCGAGCAACGCCGCAAGCACAAAUCCCACGUCCUCGACGGGAUCGAGAACUUUGCCAAACGCACGCAACUCCGAAACCUCCACAAAACCGGAAAGCUCACGCCCGAAGACCUCUCAAACGUCUACGACCGCUUCUUCCAGGCCCUGCAGUCCUCCCGUCUCGGCCUCGGCCCGACAAAACCCUACAUGGACAUUGACACUUUCCAGAUUUUCAUGCACGGGCUGGCAUCGUGGGCGGUGGAACCCCACGACUUCCUCGCGCGCCUCUUCCACAGAUGGGACACCGAGCUGCAAGGCGGGCUUACCCUGCAGGACGUCGUCACCGGCCUGGGCGCAAUCAAGCAGGAAGACAUCAUGAGCGCGAUGGCCUACUUCUUUGAACUCUACGACGAGGACGGCGACGGCAAAGUCGACCGCGAAGGCAUCCUGCAAAUGUCCGAGGGCCUGCUCUACAUCACCCGCAACCUCACCCCGCGCGUCGUCUCUGACCUCGACGGCGCCACUGCUUCCUCGUCCUCCCCGCCCCCGACCGCGACCUCGUCCUCUUCCUCCUCAUCUACUCCCAACGCCUCUGAUCCCAACGCCUCUGCCACGCCCACCCCACAGUACGACUACCUCUCCUCCGUCUCGGCCUUCAUCCAGCGCGCAUUCGAAUACGCCACUCCCGACGACCUCCCCGCCUCAACGCAACUAAUCGACGCGCCCGCCACGAAAGCAAACAUCGCGCUGGACCCGAACCACCCGCGGCACAUCACCCUGCCGACUUUUAGAAUGGUCGUCCUCGCCGACGAAGCGCUCGAGCGGUUCUUCACCCACGACUUUGCCGACUCAAUCAAAGUCACUCCUGCCAAGGGCGCGCUGCGGCAAAAGGGAACCCUGCGCGAGCUCUUUGACAGUCUUGUUUCCGACAGCGUGCGCGUCGCGGGAGAAGUUAAGCGGCGUAUCGACGAGAUGGAGCGCCAGGCGCGUGAGCAGCAGGCGCGCGAGGACGCGAUGGCGAUCCGGGCCGCGGCCGCGCAGGGAGAGAGUCUGCAUAUACAGCAGCAGAUCUUGCUUAAGCAGCAGCAGCAGGAGAUGGAGCGGCGGCGCAAGGAGGAGGAGGAGGAAGAAGAGGAUGAUGACGAGAGCGCGGAUAAGGACGUGCUCGAGGGGUUGGAGAUCGAGGUGCCUGGUGUGGCGUCGAAGGAGAGUGCGGGAAGUGAGUUGCUGUAG